CCUCCGUGCACAGAUUUUGUUGUACCGGACGGGACGUACAGGCGCGCACACACGUUCGCCGUUUCCUAGGCAACAACAUCCACGUUAAGGAUUUAUUUUAACAACAUGGACAUAAAGGGACGAAAUGUCCUGAGCUGUGGAGAAAAUAUCGUAGACAUGGUUGACAUGGAAGAAGAAAACUUUGCUAUUUCCAGUUCCUCGGCUGCAGACGCUGCUUUUGAUGCUGUUAUUGGCUGCAUAGAGGACAUCAUCAUGGAGGAGGAGUUCCAGCAGCUUCAGAAGAGCUUCUUGGACAAACACUACCUGGAGUUUGAUGACUCUGACGAGAACAAGCUCAGCUACACACCCAUCUUUAAUGCAUAUGUUGACCUGCUGGAGAAACACCUGGAGCAGCAGCUGAUGGAGAAGAUCCCCGGCUUUACCAUGAAUGCUUUCACAGAGCUGCUCGUGCAACACAAAGAGGAGGUACCAGAUGACAUCUUUGACAUGCUGCUGACGUUCACUGACUUCAUGGCCUUCAAGGAGAUGUUUCUGGCAUACAGAGCUGAGAUAGAGGGCCGGGGCCUGGACCUGAGUCAAGGACUGGUGAUCACAUCUCUGGUCCCCACAGGGUCCAAACUAACACACACCAAAUCGCAGUGACACACACACACAGUCCAAACACUUGAAAUGCCUCCUCCUCCAUGUGUUUGUAAAAUUUUGUCUGUGGGCCUUCAGAAAGUUGUUAGCUUGAUUUGUGAGUGUUGUACCCUGAUGGUGAGCUGCUGGAAAGAUCCACAUAAACAUACAGUCUGUGCACAAAUAGCCCCUAACAGGAAAUUCUUAAUAUAUUCAUUCCUCUGUGUUUUAAAUGGUGGAUGGGAUGGAAGAGCCUCUUUGUAGUUAAAGAGUGAUGGUUUUGGCUUCUUUCUGCUCCCCAACCACUGGAUGUAAUGACUGCUUAAAAUAUUCAAAUGUGUUUAACUAGAGUUUGCAGGUGAAAGGCAUAAUCCUGAUUGUACAACCAUCCUCUUAUUCUAGUAUAUAUUUAUUAAGAUUUGGCAUUUAUUAGUUCCGCCUGGUUGGGAAGUAGGAACCCCAAAUUUUGGUGCUGGUACUAGACUUGUGUGUUUCAGGUCAUCCUCUUGGUUCCCAUGUUCCCCUGGCAAGCAGGGGCAGAAACCCUUUGAUGUGAAUGUUUGAAUCUGCUCUCUUUGCCUAGUAUGUUUUUUCAUAAGAAAUGACUACAGCAGAACUGAAGUUUUAAAUUAUUUGGUCAGUUUGCAAACUGUGCCUGUGAAAGUGAUUUUUAAUGUUUAUAGUAAUUGUGUGUCUGCAAUUUAGAAAUAUGAUAUACAGUAUAGUUUUCAGUAGUUCAACGUGUUUUCUACUUGUCUUAACAUGACAGCUGUAAAAGUAUAUUUAUGUUACUGGUGAAAUAUUUUUGAUGUCACAUUUGUUAGUAACAACAUCUUUUAAUAUAACACAGGUCAAGCCUUAA